UCUGGAGUUUGUUAGUUAAAUUGCUUAUAUUUGACUUGGGCAGUCCCUUGGAUUGUGGAUCUGUUUUCGCUUUGCUUUCAGUAGGUUCUGUCAAGACGUGCGGUAAAUCACCGGGAUGGUGGUGCCUGAUCUGGGUUUAGCAUUCUUCGAUCGCGUACCCAGGGUUUCUGUGUGUUUUUGGAUGUUUGGGCUUGACGCUCUCAGUUCCAUCCCGAAUAUUCCUCCCGACUUUGAACUUUGUCUUCAACAAAAUUAAGAGCUUGUGAGAUAAUUGUAGAAUGUCGGCACUGUGUGUGUAUUGGUGGGGUCUAAUGCGGGAUUGUAGGUUGGAUUUGGAGUCACUGCAUUUUCUCCGUGGGAGGUGGUUCCCGCGGGUCUCUUCCUGCCCCCUCGAACUGACCGGCGGCGGGACCCUACGGAAUCUCUCCUCUCGCGGUCAGCACAAACACCCCCGCACGGCGGACUCUCGCGAUACUCUCUACACUUAGAAAUAUAAACUUCUAUGAACUUCUCUGCAGCAGAGUUGGUUUUCGGUUGAACGGUACAGAUGAGGCGCCUUUUCCGGUGGGUGGAGUCGUUGUUGGGUGGUAUGCGGUUGGAUUUGGUAGGAAGAUUCUGAAACAGCUAGGUUCGACACGGUGCAAGUCCAGCGGAGCAUGAGCCACGCUGCUGAACAGGGGCCAUGCCCGCAAAAACACCCUAACAUACACAGCAUGAUGGAAGGCGUAACCAGAGGGCAUGAGACACCUAUCACGCUCAGCGUUUAGCAAAUGUUCUGUGCACUGGGUCCAACCGAUGAUCGGGUUUUAUUGGAAGUCAUUUACAAAUGUCACAGCAGCUGUCAUCUCGCAGCGUCGACGUUUUAUCCGCUGUGAUUUGUACAGGGUGGAAAGGGACCUAUCGAGGAUGGUGCUUGGGUUUGAACAAUUGUUUAGACGGCAGAUUAAUUAUACCGAAGCUUGCUCUCAUCUGCUUUUGUAAAGCUAGACCAACCUUUCGGUCUGAGAAGCGUGGGGCACUUGUUUCCACGUUUUCAACAUUCUUAAAACUAUUAUAAGAAAAAGUGAAAAGAGAGUUGAUGAGAAGACUAACUUAAAUAGAGAACAAAAACUGCUGAAGGAGAUGUCUAAUCCUAUCAAACUGUACAAAAGACCAAUAAAAUCGCAGGGAAAGUUGAGAGUUUCAGAUGACUUAUUGGCUACAUCAAAGUAUCCUCAUAGCGGUGUUCCAGAAAACAGAACCAACAUGCACACGACCAUCCCACAUCUUCCAAAAAUCAACUCUGCUGUUGUUCACGAGAAUGAUGUAAAAGAACAAGUGCCAAUUUCUCAUAUUGCUGACUACUUUAUGGCGAGGAAGAAAACUCUUAAAUUGAAUGGAUUUCAUUGGCAGAGGGAUUAUGUUCCCAUGCCCACCAAUCUGCCAUUGGUAAUAAGGGGUUACAAGACUGGGAAUCGUGAUAAUAUGACGUAUAAAGAAAAAUGUGUAGGAAAUAGAAAAGGAAGAAAGUCAGGUCUUUCAGAAACCUGUACAACAAGAAAAAAUAUGCAAAAUUCUGCAGAAGGAUCAACAAAUUCAAAUAACACUGGCUUGGGCAGCAGUGAAGUUGAGGACAACCCAUCUUUGAGACAAUGCAAUGGACCAUUAAUAACAAAGUUCCAAACACAGGCAAGAACAAAGGUGACAGCAAGGUUCCAGGGAGGACUUGGGUACGCAGUGGAUGGUGGCAGGAGUUUAAAUGUGAAGAGUGUAAAAAGUGCUAACAUUGCAAAUAGCUCAUCAGACUCUGUUGCAAGAAUGAAGUGGACAAAAAGCUUUGUGAGAAAAGCUGUUAAUAGGCAACAAAGACCUUCGGCAACUUCACUUGCAGAGAAAGGAAAUACCAGGACUGAACUGGAGCAAGACUGCAGUCCCUGCUGUGCAAAUGGAAUUGCCUUGGACUUGGAGCUCAAGCACAGAUCUGUAAGUCAGGCUGCAAACUGUAAUGUACACACGGGCCCGGACACGUUGUGUUUUGAUGAUAACUGUGUUCACAAUUUAGAAAAUGUCAAUGGGGAGCAAGGAGAUGAUGGAGCUGCAAAAGUAAUACCUAAACUGACUUUCCAGAACCCAGAUGGUCACAGUUUCUUUCCUGUGACUCCAAAUUGUGAGAGAUAUGAAGGAAAAAUGAAACAAGUAAUUAGAGAGCCUGGCAGUAAACAUCAAGAGACUAAAGUAAGCUCCUCUGUAGUAACCAGUUUAAGCAAAUCACCUGUGAAGUCAUUUUCAAACAAAAUAUCUCAGAAAACAGCUUGCUGCAGUGCAGUCAGCAAACACUCUGAUAAAGUUUCCAAAGUUAGUUCUGGUGCGCGUGAAGAUGGUGGAAGUGAAGAGCACACUUUUGACCUGAAUCAGAUUUUGCAAGAGAGGGGAGCAAGCAUAUGCGCCAACACUCCAGUGCUCUUGAAGUGUGGUGCGGGGCACCAUAAUCAGGCACAACCUCUAAAGUCUUCGCUGAAGAAGUCACUUGACUGGCCGGCUCAUUCUCAAACAACAACUGUGCAUCUCCCCAAGACUGGAGAGCAGUGGAGUGCUGCUUGUGUAAAUCAGACUUUAGCCAGAAGCAUGAAAGCUUGUUUACGAACGAAACUUGAGCCACUCUAUCGAACAUUAAACCAAACUGCACAAGCUUAUGUGUGCUCAGCUCCCGAGGAAUCCACAAAGUUUUGUACAAAGUCCUGUUACGAUCAGAAGCAGUACAGGAAGCUAAGACAACAUUGCCAUCAAUCUUCUAAUCAUUGCCGUCGACAUGCUUGUAAUCUGGAAUUGCAGACCGCAACACAGCGGAGACUGGAGCGAUUGUGUUACUGUAGCACAGUGGAGCAAGGAUUCGGCAGGAAUAGGGACAUGAAAGCAAGUGCAAAUAUGCAUUCUAAUCAAUGUUGUCAGAGGGAAAACUGCACGUUUCAGCCCAACGAUGAACCACAGCAUUUACAAUUCCCACAGCCACAAGAUUUAAUAUGGUGUAAAAGUCCCUCAGCGAAACGUACGGUUGAGAUAUUUAGUUCUCAAGGUGAUGAAGUUCCGAAAAUAACCAUGACGUGUCCUACUCCAAUCCCAUGCAGAACACCUUCUUAGCGGGAGGCAAUCUAGGAGUUUGUCAGUUUUUUAGCUGAUGGCUAUUCAUUGGCAGGUAACUGCAGGAGACUUUAUUUAACAGGGAUAGGAUUGGGAGGGGAGGCUGCAGAAGGCACAGUGACGAGGAGCUGAUGAAGAGAUGCUGACUGUUCAUUGUCCUUUCCUAUUUAUUCUCCAGCUCCAAGCUACGCCCUAUGGAAGUCACCUGACAUUUUAUCCCUUACCCCUGACAUCCCCUCUGUACCUACCCCCCAGCACCUUAUAAACCUAUGCCCUCUUGUGGCAACAAUUUCAGCUCUGGGGAAAAGCCUCUGACUAUCCACACAAUCAAUGCCUCUCAUUAUCUUGCACACCUCUAUCAGAUCGCCUCUCAUCCUCUGUUGCUCCAAGGAGAAAAGGCUGAGUUCACUCAACCUAUUCUCAGAAGGCAUGCUCCCCAAUCCAGGCAACAUCCUUGUAAAUCUCCUCUGCACCCUUACUAUAUCUUCCACAUCUUUCCUGUAGUGAGGCGACCAGAACUGAGCACAAUACUUCAAGUGGGGUCUGACCAGGGUCCUAUGUAGCUGCAACAUUACCUCUUGGCUUCUAAAUUCAAUUGGAGUAUUGUCAUCAGUUUUGGGCCCAUAUUUCAGAAAGGGUGUUUUGACAUUGGACAGAGUCUAGAAGAGGUUCAUGAAGAUGAUCGAUGUCACAAGGAUGACGUUUUGCUCUGAUUUUGAACAUAAUGGUCUCUCAAUUCUUGAGGCCCAGAAAUGCUACAUUUUUCAUGCUUGUGAUGGACCAUGCUUGGGCCAUUCCUCACUUUAAUCAUCUUAUGAAAAUUUUAUUCUUAAUAAUACAUUUGGAAUGGGAGGGCUAAUCUGAUGGGCAGACAACUUGUCCAUCCAAAUGUGGUGAGGUGUUUUAUAAUGUGCAGAACACCCUUCCUAAUUUUAGCCACGCGAGACAGGCAAAUAGAUCCUUGGCAUCAAUAUAAUGUGAUGGGAGCUGAGUUGAAUAACACUUAAAUCAAUUAUAUUCCGGAAACUGGGCAGUUUUUAAAACUGCACCACACGACUGUCAAAUGAUCACAGGCCCAAUUUCUGGAGAGUCACCAAAAGGAAAUUUCCUUCGGCUGUUCAUCUGCACUAUAAGUACCUCUGACCUCAAUACAUUUUUGAAGUCAGGAGCAAAGCCAUCAGCUGGAGGUACUUCCACCCCGUUCAAAAGGCAUCUCAAAACUGCCUGUCCAGAAAUUUGUUUUUAAUUGCUGCAAGAACUAACUCAGCCUUCAUAGUUCAUGAAUUAGAAUCUUAUUUCUUUUUAGACAGGCCUAAAGAGUUAUUGAGUACAGAAACAGGCCCUUUGUCUCAUUAAGUCUGUGUCAUCACGCACCCUGUUCUCCCCACAUUCACGUCAACUCUCCCAAGUUUCUACCACUCAUUUACGUAGCAAGGGCAAUUUACAGUGGCCAUUUAAAGGGCUGUGGGAUGAAACUAGAGCACCAGGUUGCAAGAUUUCAUUAAAAAAAAUGAUUUUAGGCACAACUGGAUUUGAAUAUAUUGUAAUGAAUGCUUCCAGUCUCAUGCAAAGUUUAAAGUUCUUUAAGCGUAAGUUGUAUGACUGUGAAUGUUGUUAUUCCAUACAAUUAGAGCGUUGUCUUGUGUUUUUAUUUCAAAAAAUGUUAAAUUCAUAUUUGAAACAAAUAUUCAAAUAAUUCAGUAUUUUAUAUUGCAUUUGACAUAUUUGAAUGAAAUAAUCAUUGCUGCACCUUCUGUAUAGAUGAUUUGUUGACUUAAGCACAAAAUUACUCGAACAUAUCUUUCACACAUAAGGCAAUAGGUAAAUAUUUCUCAAUAGGUUUCAAUAGGUACAUAUAGUGUCAGGGAAAUGUAUACAACAUACGUCCUGAAAUUCUUUUUCUUUUAGAAUGUAUUUAGAAUGCUGAUAUUUAACUCCUUUAUCAUGGUAACCAUGUAAAAUAAAUUUUACAAGGAAAGUGCUGUAUCAAGUUAAAAUGCCUGACAAACAUAUACAUUUUGGCAGAUACUAACUUAGCAAGGAACUUGUUUUUGAAAUUCUACAUCUAUCGAACCAGCCUGAAUUCUUAGGUUAUAUGAAUGUAUUUUGUGCUUCUGUGUCAUUAUUUCAGACAUUAUAACAACUACUUAAAUAAAAUAAUUUUCAGAUGUUUGGC